CGCCCCAUCAAUGCCAUUACCGUCCGUUACCGCCAUCCCAUUCCGCGUUUAGAUGAUAUGCUCGAUGAGCUUAGUGGUGCCUCGAUUUUCUCUAAAAUCGAUUUGCGUAGUGGCUACCACCAAAUCCGCAUGGCAAUUGGUGAUGAAUGGAAAACGGCAUUCAAGACCAAACUCGGUCUAUAUGAAUGGCUUGUUAUGCCAUUUGGUCUUUCCAAUGCUCCAUCAACUUUCAUGCGCCUCAUGAAUCACAUCUUGCGUCCUCUCAUUGGCAAGAGUGUGGUUGUCUAUUUCGAUGAUAUUCUCAUCUAUAGCAAAAGUCUCGAGGACCAUGUGCAACAUGUGAGAGAAGUCUUGUGCAUCUUGCGUCAUGAAAAGCUUUAUGCUAACCUCCCCAAGUGCACCUUUGCUCAAAACAAAUUGGUUUUUCUUGGCUUUGUGGUUUCCGCUAAUGGGAUUGAAGUUGAUUCUUCCAAGGUGGAGGCCAUCCAUAAUUGGCCUACUCCUACAAAUGUUGGCCAAAAGAAUGUUCCGUUUGUUUGGGGCAAGGCCCAACAAAAUGCUUUUGAUGAGUUGAAGAAACGCCUUACCGAAGCUCCCCUUCUUGUUCUUCCAAAUUUUGCCAAAACUUUUGAGAUUGAGUGUGAUGCAAGUGGGCUUGGUAUUGGUGGUGUUCUUAUGCAAGAGGGCAAACCCGUGGCAUACUCUAGUGAGAAGUUAGAUGGCGCACGCCUCAACUAUCCUAUAUAUGACAAGGAGUUCUACGCUUUGGUUCGUGUUCUUGAAGUUUUGCAACACUAUCUUUGGCCAAAAGAGUUUAUCAUCCAUUCCGACCAUGAGUCUUUAAAAUAUUUGAAAAGCCAACACAACUUGAACAAACGACAUGCAAAAUGGGUCGAGUUCAUUGAGUCCUUCCCAUAUGUGAUCAAAUACAAGAAGGAGUCACAUGGAGGUGGUCUUAUGAAGCACUCGACUACAUCAAGGAGUCCCUUCAUGGUCGUCUACGGGUUUGAGCCGCUCACGGCACUCGACAUACUACCGCUCCCCCUUCAUGAGCGGAUCAACAUGGAUUUCGACAAGCGCACCGCCGCCGUCAAGAAACUUCAUGAAGAAACAAGAGCUACCAUUCAAGAACAUGUGCUUCGUCAAGCUACACGCCUCAACGCCAAGAAUAAGGAAUGCAUAUUUCAAGAAGGCGACCUCGUUUGGAUCCACCUCCGGAAGGAAAGAUUUCCUCAUGAACGCAACUCGAAGCUCAAGCCAAGAGGAGAUGGUCCCUUCAAGGUCCUCAAACGCAUCAACAACAACGCUUACGUCAUCACGGUGGCGGUCAGGCGGAUCGCCCUGUACAACCGGCUCGUGACCAGCUACCACAAGGCCAAGACCGAGCGAGCCGACAUGGCCCGCAAGCUGGAGGCUGCCAAGGCUGCUGCCGCCCGGGUCCCUCAGCUGGAGGAGGAUCUUCGGGCCGCCCGCGCCCAAUGCGCUGAAAGCGAGAAGGCGGUCCAGGCCGCGGCCGCCAAGGCGCAGGAGACCGAGGGGGAGCUAACGCGGCUGCGCCGACUUGAGGCUAACCAAAUCACUGAGCUCGCCUCCGUCAAACGAGUUGAGCAGGAGAAGGUGGACAACCUCAGCAAGAGGCUUGAGGAAGUGGACCAGCAGCGCCUGAAGCUUUGCGACGAGGUGACCUCCAAGUGGAACGAGCUAAUGGCUACCGCCAAGCGCUGGAUGACGGAGAUUAGCGCCCUUGACCGCGGCUUGGAGGGCUGGGAGAAGGCGACGUUUUUCGCCGGCUGCCGCCACUCUUCUCUUUUUUACUUCGAUGAUCUCCAUCUUCAGGCACAGGAGGCGGCGCUAGCAGCGGCCGGCAGGGCGCGGGAGGCCCCACGGCAAGCCACUGGCGAGGAGAGCUCUGAUCACUUCUCCAUGGACGAUUACCUGGCGUCCAUGGCCGCCCGCGUUGAGCCGAUAACUAUGUUGGGCUACGAGCCCAGGAAGGCGGCGAAGGAGCUCAGGAUGCUCUGGCCAACGGAGACGCUGUCGGGCGAGCUCGCCAACCUCAUCAAGUGGCUCGAGUCCGCGCCCGACCGAUUCCUCGACUGGAAGGAUUCGGUUGCGCGUACUGGGGCCACCAUGGCGUUGUCCUUUGUGCUCUCCUGGUACGACGAGGUCAACCUCGACCAGCUGGAGAACCGACGGGCCGACGUGGAGGACAAACUCAGCGCGGAGAACAAAACUGCCUGGCUUGCCCGUGCCUGCGCCAUCGCCAACUUUGUUAACAAGGGCACCUUCAUCGAGGAUCCGAAUCCGCCUGAAGAGGGGGGGAGGAGGAGGAAUCCGAAGAGGAGGAGAUGGCGGACGCGCCGGAUGCACCAGAGGCGGACCCGGCGGCCGGCUCGGCAGAUGCUCCCCCGGCUGGUCCUCCUCCAGCCGGCGCCUAGAUUUAUCUGUUUAUGCAUUUUACUUUUACCAAGACAAGUCGUUAAAUCCCCGGAAUGCCGGGUGCAUAUGUAA